AUGUCGACCAACCCAGCGCGCGGCCCCAGCCGUGCUGGUGGCAGCAGCGCCCAGCAACAGAAUCGCAGCGCGACGCCCUACGGCCAGAACCACGCCGGCUCGGCCAUCCCCCGCCCCGUCCUCGAAGCCAACCAUGCCGCCACCGGGAGUGAGGUCGGCUCUGCCUCCUUCAGCGUGAGCAGACAAAAGCAGUCCAAGAGAGAUGAGGCCAUCCGCCGCAAGAUGGAGAGCGAUCUCUCCAAGAAGAAGCACCUUACCAGCCGAGCCCGUCAUACCCGCAAAGCCCCUCCCGGAACCGUCCUCGCCCUCAAGCCGAGUCCCGCCCUCCAGAUCAAGGCCGCGACCACCGUUUCCGAAGCCGCCCAGUUGAUGGCCGCCAAGCGCGAAGACUGUGUUCUUGUCACCGACGACGAUGAAAGGAUUGCUGGUAUCUUCACAGCCAAGGACUUGGCCUUCCGUGUCGUCGGCGGCGGGCUCAAGGCCAACACCGUCACCAUUGCCGAGAUCAUGACCAAGAACCCGCUGUGCGCUAGGACCGACACCAGCGCCACCGACGCCCUUGAUCUCAUGGUGCGCAAGGGCUUCCGCCAUUUGCCCGUCAUGGACGAGAACCAGGACAUCUCGGGCAUUCUCGAUAUCACAAAGUGCUUCUACGACGCGAUGGAGAAGCUGGAGCGCGCCUAUGCCUCGUCCAGGCGGCUGUAUGAUGCGCUCGAGGGUGUUCAGUCGGAGCUUGGCGCCAGCCAGCCCCAGCAGAUCAUCCAGUACGUCGAGGCCCUGCGAUCCAAAAUGUCGGGCCCGACCCUGGAGUCUGUCCUGAACGGCAUUCCCCCGACCACGGUCAGCGUCCGGACCUCGGUGAAGGAGGCGGCCCAGUUGAUGAAGGAGAACCACACCACGGCGGUCUUGGUACAGGAUCAGGGAGCAAUUACGGGUAUCUUCACCAGCAAGGACGUCGUCCUCCGUGUGAUUGCCCCCGGCCUUGACCCUGCCACCUGCAGCGUGGUUCGCGUCAUGACCCCCCAUCCCGACUUUGCGCCCAUGGACAUGACCAUCCAGGCUGCGCUGAGGAAGAUGCACGAUGGCCACUACCUCAACCUGCCGGUGAUGAACGAUACUGGCGAGAUUGUCGGCAUGGUUGACGUCCUCAAGCUCACUUACGCCACCCUCGAACAGAUCAACACGAUGGGCAGCGGUAGCGACAACGAGGGCCCUGCCUGGAACAAGUUCUGGCUUUCUCUGGAUCACGAAACCGAGUCCAUGGUAUCAGGCGACGGCUCGCACCACCACACCCACCAUGGGCCUAGAUCGCUCAUGUCGCCCGACAUGGCCCGCAGCGAGCGCAUUGUCGACAGCGUGGCGCCUGGUGACUCGGCGAGCCAUGCCGGCAUCGAGUCGCCGUCCCACAGCCAGCUGGGUGGUAUUCAAGAGGUCAACCCUGCUGAUAUCCCCUUCCCCUUCAAGUUCAAGGCUCCCAGCGGCCGCGUCCACCGUCUGCAGGUGACAGCCUCCCACGGCAUGGCUGAGUUUGUCGCCGCUGUCGCCGCCAAGCUUGGUGCUGAGGUGGACGCUAUUGGCGGCACCCCUGAGGUCGAGAACGGCAGGCUGUCCGGUGGAUUUGCGCUCAGCUAUCUUGACGACGAGGGCGACUCGGUUUCCAUCACCACGGACCCGGAUCUCCUCGAAGCCAUUCUGCUUGCGCGUCACGGCCUUCGCGAGAAGGUUGACUUGUUUGUGCACGACCCCUCGGAGCCUGCUAUUUCCCACGCCCCUACGCCUGCGCCGGUGAUUGAGACGAUCCCCGCCACCCCUCCUGCUUCGUCGGUGGUUCGUGAGCGGAGAAAGAAGGUCGAGGAGGAAUCCGAGGAGGUUAGUGAGGAGGAGGAGGAGCCCGUCCGUCGCCGUCCCACGCGCAUGCGCACAAUGUCUCAGCCACAACAAGAGCCGGCCCAGGUCAUUGCUGGUGUCCCCAACGAGCUGCUGCUUCCGGGUGCUAUUGUCACCCUGGCCGUGGUGAUCGUUAGUGUGUUUACCAUUACGAGAUUGACCAGCCCGGCCGAUUUACAACGUCUUCCCGACGACGAUGUGUCCGACCCCAGCAUUUCCACCAUGAUUGUUCGGAAUAUCGGCGCGCGGUUAGGCCGACGGGCCCUGGCCACUCCUCUUUCGCGGGCCUCUUUCCAGGCCCAGUCGCGAUUCCUCUCCCAGGACAACUUCACUGCGCCGCCGCCGCCGACGAACACCAAGAAGCAGGCUGCCGAGACAGCCUUUGCUGAGCCCACCCUCGAGGAGCAGGCCGAUUUCUACGCCGAGAGCAUCGAGAAGCUCACUCCCGAGUUCGCCGCUUCCCCGGCCGCCGAGGCCUGGUCCGCGACCUCCGCUACUGCCACCGAGACCGUUACGACAUGGGACCCAAGCCUCGUCGACGAGGAGGCGCUUAAGCUCAAGCAGCAAAUCGAGGCCAUUCCGGGCAACUUCAAGCUCUUCAAGCAGACCAAGGCGCAAACCCAGAAGCUCGGCGCGGGCGUCGAGGUCCGCUACAUCCCCGAGCAGUACCUCCGCAACCCCCCCUCGGACGCUUCGCUCGAGGACCUCAUGGCCGCCCAGGCUCACAUGGGCCACAACACCUCGCUCUGGAAUCCGGCCAACGCGCGCUACAUCUACGGUGUGCGCCAGGGUAUUCACAUCAUCAGCCUCGAGACGACGGCCACGCACUUGCGCCGCGCCGCCCGCGUCGUCGAGGAGGUCGCCUACCGCGGCGGCCUGAUCCUGUUCGUCGGCACCCGCCCGGGUCAGCGGCCCAUCGUCGUGCGCGCCGCCGAGCUGGCCAGGGCCUGCCACCUGUUCACCAAGUGGAGGCCCGGAACCAUCACCAACCGCGAGCAGCUGCUGGGAGGCGUCCCGCUGACCGUGGUGGACGAGCUCGAUCGCCCGCUCUCCGGGUUCGAGGAUCAUUUGCAUGACCGCAGACCCCUGGCGCCCGAUCUGGUUGUGUGCUUGAACCCCAAAGAGAACAUGACGCUGUUGUACGAGUGCAGUUUGGCCAAGGUCCCGACUAUUGGUAUUAUUGAUACCAACACCAAUCCCGCGUGGGUUACUUACCAGAUUCCGGCCAACGAUGACAGUUUGCGAGCAACCGCCCUCAUCAGCGGCGUCCUCGGCCGUGCCGGUGAGCGUGGCCAGAAGCGCAGACUCGAAGCGGCGCAGCGCGGCGAGGUCACAUGGAAGACGCCCGCCGAUGUGCAAGGGUACUUUGAGUUGGCUUCAGCGCGGGCGGCCGACGUCCGGAGGAGACAGGCACAGGACAACAGCGUGGAGGAGCAGAAGGAGAAGGACACGUUCCUGAGCGAGGAUGCGCUCAAGGAGAUGUUCGGUGGUGGUGCUCGUGUAUAA